GGUCGGUACAGGGGCGUCGGGGGGGUCUCUGAGUCCUAAGGCAUCUGACUGGUUAGAUGAGAUAAGCUAAUGAGGCGCUUUCUUCCGCGAGGGGUUUUGAUUGGUGGGCCAGAGAGGUUGCCUGGUAAUUCAACGACCCUGAACCCCGGACUUUGAUAGGAUUGGAGGUUUGUGUUCCUGAAGCUUUGGGAGUUGUCACAGGCUAAAGAGAAGGAACCUCAGUUCCUAGGAAGGGUCACCCUCCUAGAGAUAGCUACUGCCCUAUCUCAGGAGACGCUGGUAUUUGUAGAGCAGGCUUUGCUUUCGCCAAACCGAAGGAGGUGACAGGAGGAGUCCCCGUACAGGACCUAAGGAUGCUGUGACCAGAAGAUGGGAUCACGGAAUAGCAGCAGCGCAGGAACUGGGUCCGGAGACCCCUCCGAGGGCUUACCCGGAAGAGGUGCUGGUCUGGGUCGGAGUGAGGAAGACGAAGAGGAGGAUGAAGAUGUGGAUCUGGCCCAGAUACUGGCCUAUCUCCUCCGCAGAGGCCAAGUGAGGUUGGUGCAGGGAGGAGGUGCAGCAAAUUUACAACUCAUCCAGGCCCUCUCAGACUCAGAGGAAGAGCAUGACAGUGCCUGGGAUGGUCGUCUUGGGGACCGAUACAACCCACCUGUGGAUGCAACCCCUGACACCCGGCAGCUGGAAUGCAAUGAGAUCAAGACACAAGUGGAACUGGCCACAGGGCGGCUGGGACUUAGGCGGGCAGGCCAGGAGCACAGCUUUCCUCAAAUGCUGCACCAGAGAGAACGGGGCCUCUGCCACCACGGAAGCUUCUCCCUCGGAGAACAGUCUCAAGUGAUGUCUCACUUCUUGCCCAAUGAUCUGGGCUUCACUGAUACCUACUCUCAGAAGGCUUUCUGUGGCAUCUACAGCAAAGAUGGUCAAAUCUUCAUGUCUGCCUGCCAAGACCAGACAAUCCGACUGUAUGACUGCCGCUUUGGCCGCUUCCAUAAAUUCAAGAGUAUCAAGGCCCGGGAUGUAGGCUGGAGUGUCCUGGAUGUGGCCUUCACCCCUGAUGGGAACCACUUCUUAUACUCCAGCUGGUCUGAUUACAUUCAUAUCUGCAACAUCUAUGGGGAAGGAGACACACAUACUGCCUUGGAUCUAAGGCCAGAUGAGCGUCGCUUUGCUGUCUUCUCCAUUGCUGUCUCCUCAGAUGGACGAGAAGUGCUAGGAGGGGCCAAUGAUGGCUGCCUGUAUGUCUUUGAUCGAGAACAAAACCGACGUACCCUUCAGAUUGAGUCCCAUGAGGAUGAUGUGAAUGCAGUGGCCUUUGCUGACAUAAGUUCCCAAAUCCUAUUCUCUGGGGGUGACGAUGCCAUCUGCAAAGUGUGGGAUCGACGCACCAUGCGGGAGGAUGACCCCAAACCUGUGGGUGCACUGGCUGGACACCAGGAUGGCAUCACCUUCAUUGACAGCAAGGGUGAUGCCCGGUAUCUCAUCUCCAAUUCCAAAGACCAGACCAUCAAGCUCUGGGAUAUUCGACGCUUUUCCAGCCGGGAAGGCAUGGAAGCCUCACGCCAGGCUGCCACACAGCAAAACUGGGACUACCGCUGGCAGCAGGUACCCAAAAAAGCCUGGCGGAAGCUGAAGCUGCCAGGGGACAGCUCCUUGAUGACCUACCGGGGCCAUGGGGUGCUGCACACCCUCAUCCGCUGCCGAUUCUCACCCACCCAUAGCACCGGCCAGCAGUUCAUCUACAGUGGCUGCUCCACUGGCAAGGUGGUUGUGUACGACCUUCUCAGUGGUCACAUUGUGAAGAAGCUCACCAACCACAAGGCCUGUGUGCGUGAUGUCAGUUGGCACCCCUUUGAAGAGAAGAUUGUUAGCAGUUCGUGGGAUGGGAACCUGCGUCUUUGGCAGUACCGCCAGGCUGAGUACUUCCAGGAUGACAUGCCGAAGUCUAAGGAACACCACAGCAUCCCUGCCCCUGUGCCCAACCCCUCAGUCUUUUCCUCGCCCCAAUAGACCUGCCCUCCAGCCCCAUACAUGGGUGAGCCUCUUGACAAGCCAUCCGCUGCCUCCCUUUCUCCGUCCUGGGGGGAUCUUUGGGGAAUACUGGCAUUGGAUGGGGAGAAGCCAAAGCCAGGCUUCAGGCCCCUGGCUGAGCCCUGGCAGAGCCUCCCCAGGGACAGAGUGGUCUCACGUGCUCAUACCCUGUUGACUUGGGUCUCUAUCUCUGGCCAGAGCCUGGCAGGAUUGUCUUUAUCUGGGGUGUGACUUUUGUCAGCAGGAGAGCUCCCCUGAGUGUUUUUAAUCAUAUUUGGAUGUUAAGUGUUAGCUCCUAGAGUAGCUGCCUGGGGCCAGGUCUGAACUGAGUUGUCAGACCCAUUGCCCAGGCCUUCACUUUGAGGAUUAGACAGAUUGGCCAUUCAGAGGGCCAGGCAUCAGUGUCCUGGCUUCUUGCAGAGGUCCUGAUGGCUGGAGUCCUAGCCCUCUAGGGGAGGAUGGGAUGGUUAAGGUGCAUCCUCAGCAGCUCCUGGGGAGGGAAUUAUGUCUUCUCUCUUCUAUGUCUGGGUCUUGGGGGUAGGACAGGCUGUGGUGUGAAAGGCUACAUGUGACCUCACACAGAGCAGGUGCUCCCCUCCCAGAGUUCCCUCAUGCUGGAGACCACCAGCCUCAAGGAGAGAUGUUGGAGCAGGACUCCGUCCUUCCACUGGCUUUCACUCCCUCAAUAAAUUCUCUGUGGGAACCUG